GAUGGAUGAAAUUCCUCGGACGCUUGCAGAUAAGUAUUUUUCUGGAAUUUUUUAUCUCCUCUUUAUUUUUUUUAGCUCCUACGGACGUAUGUGCUCUCGGGGCAAGUGGAAUGUCUGAUGAAUCCAGAAAAUCGGCAAGAUAACGCUUUGCGUUUGGCCCACCCUGUGGACUGUGGAGAUGAAACGAACGAGUAGCAGAGGAACCAACCCAGUGUAGAAUAUAUAUCUGUACAUUAUAAUUGUAUAUACAGAUGAGAUGGAAGACACGGAAACUGUAACUGGGUAGGAGUAUGUAGACAAGAGAUGAAGAGAAGUGAAGAGAAAAGAUGUUACGCCGGCCAGGCUGAUGGUAUAUAGUGCCAAAUAAAUAAGUUCAAAGACUACAAAGUACGUGAUAGGAGAACAAAUAAGAACCCGAGGCUGGUGUUUUUAUUCAAUUCCAUGCCACUGGCUUUGGGUCUUAUUACUUUUAAGUCCACGUGGCUCGAUAGAGAUCUAUUACACAAUGGCUCUGUUGGUUUUUUAACUAUUACCGCAAUCCGGGUAUCAAAACUCAAUGGAUUUAUAAUUUAGCCAAGUGUAGCUGAAAAGAUUUACUAUUAUCUUUAGAGCUUUUUGUAAAUCUCACGCGGGCUUUUACUCUCUUAGUGAAAUGAUAAAUAAAAUAAAAGCUCGAGACACACUGGAAAACUCGACACUGUACACUACGGAGCAACGAUGGAAUCACCAGGAUAUAAAUUUUUCAAUGUUAAAAACAUUGGUAUUGCCAUUGCUAUCGCGUAUCGAACAGAGGACGUACCCAUCUAAAAUUAAAUCCUACGGCAAUAUACUUUAGCCUUAUAUACACGCGCACAUUUAAAAGCGGUUGUUUGUUUCCGGAAUCGAUUUAACUGGAAAAUUCCUAGCCGUUAAAUAUUCGGUAGUUAUUUAUCGGUGUUGUUUUAAUCUGGAUGUUGAAUUGGUAUUGAGCUUAUUAAAGUAGUGAACGGUAAUACCAGAAAAUAUAUGCUAGCAAAAGUACUCUACUGGUAUAGUAGUACCAGCUGUAUUAUAUAUUCAUAUAAAUAUAUAUAUAUAUAAGAGUAUAGUGGUGUGCAGACGUAAGUAAACGCGAAGGCGUUUAUUAAUGAGGCCACCGGAAAAGGCCCGGGUGGUGAGUCACGUGAAAGUAUGGACUUUGUGAUAAGGGGUGAAGUACCAGCACCAGCAGAACAAGAACAAGAACCAGAAACAACACCAGCACUACAAAAUAAUAGUAGUAGUGUCGUUGCGAUAGUGAGAUCAAAUCUCAAGGAGCCACGAAUAGGAACCAGCAAGGAUGAUAACGAGCACGGGGGUUGGAGGUGGCGGCGUCGGCGGUAUCGGGAUGCUAAGAGCUAGAAGACGGGACGUAAGCCUCAAGCCCAAUCGCAAACUCGACCGCAAAUCAUCAAGGGGCAUGAUCUAUGAGAAUGAGGAGCUUAGACUGAGGACUAUUCACAUUAAUGCCGAAGUCGAACAAGGUCAGAAUGACAUAAAAAAACUACGACGUGAAAACGAGCAGCUGAGACGUGAAAUUUGGUGUCUACGUGAAGAAUACGACAAACUAGAAGAAAUUGUCAAGAGCCAAAAGAACCUCGUCGACAGUGACAAUAACGAGCACAGCGAGGAUAUAUCUACAUCAGGCACUGAAGAGUACGAAGAAGAGGAAGAGGAAGAGGAAGAGGAAGAAGAAGACACAGACGACGAAGAUGGGGACGGAAACUCAAGCAAAGAAAAAAGUAAACGUCUGAAUUCAAAGGAUGAUGUGAUUCAAGACGAACUUUUGGAGAAUGCUGAGAAUCAAAAAUUGUCCUCGGAGAAGACUAAUAGUCUGCAGCAGCAGCAACACCGUUUGCAUGUGGAUUUUGAUCAAUUAUCCGUAGUGACAGAAGAGGCAGAGGAGUCAACAAAAAAGGAUAAGGAGUAUAGAGAUGUAAAUGAGGCAGAAAUGCUUGAUAAAACGGCACGUGAAUCUGAUUCAAAUAAGCAGCACGAGGAGGAAAAAGACAGAUACUUAAAUCAACAUGCAUUCAACUGGAUAAUCAAUUCUGAGUGUCCUGUCACCCACUCGUCCUCGAGGAUAGAGCAACUCGUACUCCCUUGCUCUUCAACACGUAGCAUUGUAUCCAUGAGUAACAAUGAGAGUGGUCCGGCAUCACCUCCAUCAGCAUCAUUGCUGCCUCCUCCACCGCUACCACCACCACCACUACCAUCGGGGAUUGGCUGGCAGGGAAAGAUUUUUCAAGGAGACACGAGUAAUAUUCACACCACUACGACAACGGAUCGACAGACUUGCGCAGAAUCAAUUGCAUCCACGCAGCAAUUGCGGGCGUCGUUUCAAUUGCCUUGGGACAACAGUAUAUCCUCCCCAUCCUCCUUCCUGUUUCCAGACACUCGUUCAUGCACGGAAUUUGUGACCACAGAGAUCACCAGUCCAACAACGACAAUAAUUGCGCCUUCCUCAAGCAGCGAGAAUACCAGCUCUACAGUUAUUCACAAGACAUCACCCGACAUUUACGUAUCGGGAGUUAUUGCGGCGAGUAGUCAACAACAUCAUCAUCAAUAUCAACAACAGCAGCAGCAGCAACGCGGGUUCGGAAGCUCCGAGCAGCUAUUGAUUAGCAAUCCUCGUGACUCGUUUAAUAAAUCGUACUCAUGCCAGGAACUAAAUGACAAAACCUAUUCGUUUGAUGUAGCAAUGAAUCAAGGGCUCGAAGCCAAGAGUUUACCCGAUAACUCAAGUACCACCAGCCGAGGAGCCUUUAAGAGCCAGUUGAAAGUUCAAUUGUGUAAAAUAUCGCCGGAUUUACUGCCACCGGAAUUGGAAUUGCCGCCGAAGAUGUCACCGAUCGAUUGGACCCCGGGACAACCCUUUUAUCGGACUCUCGAGCCACUCGAUCGACGAGAACAACGUCUACUACGGCAAAUCCAACUUAACGAGUAUCAAGCGACCUCUUUUGAAAAUCCAACUCCCCGUACUUUGGCUCUUUCCAGCUCAAUACCCCUUCAAGCUUACCCUAAAACUUUACGGACAGAGAGAAAACCCGUGUCAGUACCCACAGUAUCUAAUGUUGUUCCAGUCUGGACUAAUGCUCCUCAAAAUCUUACCAAAGUUGAUACACAAACUCAAACCAGAAGUCGUAGUUCGAGUCAGAGCUCCUCCAGUACAAGUCAGAGCCCAAGUUCCGGCGAAGCGGAAGCCCGCAAAGACUUACAGAAGUUAUCCAAGUCUAAAUGUAAAACCAAAAAGAACAAAAAAAGUCCGGGAAAAAAGACAGCGUCUAUUGUGUCCGAAGACAAACGUCGCUCGGAUGACAAACCCGAGCGUCGAUCAUCUUCUUUAGGUCAAGACUGCCAAAAAAAGUGUACAAAAAACCCACGUAAUUCUCAAAACAAAUCGCGACUAUCAACAAAAAGCCAAAGCCUGGCUCACGAACCAGCUGAAUUUAUUCCAAGAGAUCGAACAAUAUCAGGAACCAGCCCGGAAGCGGAAAAGCAGCGGAAGACAAGCGAUGCCAGCGAUAAAGUGCCUUGGUGUGCGUGCUGGGGGAACGGGUGCCUUUGAUCGUGUCCUGAGUUUAUAUCAGUCAAACUUUUGUCUAUCGUACUCUUUUUUAGCGACACUAAUUAAAAUAAUUCACAAAAUGCCGAUCGAUACCUCGGCACGACAAGCGCGCGCUUGUACAAAGUGGUGACUCUCUUACUCUUAUUCUCUGUACACCUCGCAAGCUAUUCCGGCAACCUCGCCAGGGUCUCUCUGGCUCUGUAGACUCUAGAGUCUACUACCGAGGACCGGUGGAUGCCAUGUGCAGACCACGACCCCAACACCGAGUGUCGUUGACACGCGUUGACUCGUGCGAUCUCGACCGCGCCGGGUGUUGACUAUUUUCGUGACAAACGCUACAUCUACUCCAAAAAAAAAUAUAUAUAUAUUUAUAUAUAUAUCCAAGUAAAACAACCAAAAAAGUGUAUAUGUAUAUCGUAUUUAUAAAUUUACAAAUUUUUUAAUUGUAAAUAUGUCUCCUUGUUAAUAUAAAAAUAA